UAUAGAGCAAUUUUACAGGAAAAAUUGAAAAAAAAAUUGACGUCAGGGGCUUUGGGCAACAAUCGAAAAGUUCGAGUCUGCAUUACCGACCCGAUAGACAUGAGUUUGACCAAGUUCCGGGAGUUGGUGAUGGAUAGGGAAACAUGGCGUGCUGCAGUCCAUGGGAUCGCGAAGAGUCGGACACGACCGAGUGAAGUAGCUGAACUAAGUCAGUCCGACUAUCGAUUGGAAAGUCCUGGUUGCCUUUUGUCCAAUCAGCUUCUGCCUCGCUCUAUAAAUAAGUGGCUAGGUGGCGGUCUUUAAGCCUGCUGAUAUUAUGGCUCGCACUAAGCAGACAGCCCGCAAGUCCACUGGCGGCAAGGCGCCGCGCAAACAGCUCGCCACCAAGGCGGCCCGCAAGAGCGCGCCGGCCACUGGCGGCGUGAAGAAGCCGCACCGCUACCGGCCCGGCACGGUAGCUUUGCGCGAGAUCCGCCGUUAUCAGAAGUCCACGGAGCUGUUGAUCCGGAAGCUGCCGUUCCAGCGGCUAGUGCGCGAGAUCGCGCAGGACUUCAAGACCGACCUGCGCUUUCAGAGCUCGGCCGUCAUGGCGCUGCAGGAGGCGUGCGAGGCCUAUCUGGUGGGGCUUUUCGAGGACACCAACCUAGCCGUAUUUUUCGGUAUGUCUGGUCGCGGCAAAGGCGGAAAGGGUUUGGGGAAGGGAGGCGCCAAGCGCCACCGCAAAGUCCUUCGUGAUAACAUCCAGGGCAUUACUAAGCCUGCCAUUCGGCGCCUGGCUCGUCGCGGUGGUGUGAAGCGAAUCUCUGGGCUCAUCUACGAGGAGACCCGCGGGGUGCUGAAAGUGUUCCUGGAGAACGUGAUCCGCGACGCGGUCACCUACACCGAGCACGCCAAGCGCAAGACUGUCACCGCCAUGGACGUGGUCUACGCGCUCAAGCGCCAGGGCCGCACCCUCUACGGCUUCGGCGGCUGAGUGUUCGUUUUUUUUCCAUUCACAUAACAAAAGGCCCUUUU